CGUUCCCUCGCGGCGGGCGUCAGUUUGAGCGGCGCGAGGGUUCGUGACAAACGGCGUCUUGCCGGGGUCCCUCGGCCGCCGACCCCUCUCCGCGGUCGAGGGAAGAUGGUGGGCCGGAACAGCGCCAUCGCCGCCGGCGUGUGCGGGGCCCUCUUCAUCGGGUACUGCAUUUACUUCGACCGCAAGAGACGGAGUGACCCCAACUUCAAGAACAGGCUGCGAGAACGAAGAAAGAAACAAAAGCUUGCCAAGGAGAGAGCUGGACUUUCCAAGUUACCUGACCUUAAAGAUGCUGAAGCUGUUCAGAAAUUCUUUCUUGAAGAAAUACAGCUGGGUGAAGAGCUACUAGCCCAAGGUGAAUAUGAGAAGGGCGUAGAUCAUCUGACCAAUGCAAUUGCAGUGUGUGGACAGCCGCAGCAGUUACUGCAAGUGUUACAGCAAACUCUUCCACCACCAGUGUUCCAGAUGCUUCUGACUAAGCUUCCAACAAUUAGUCAGAGAAUUGUAAGUGCUCAGAGCUUGGCUGAAGAUGAUGUGGAAUGAGAAACAAAUGUCAACAUAAUAAUCUCAAUUAAAAAUAUUUUUAAAAUCUUAACUUGGAAGAUGAACAGCUCUGGGGGAAUAAGGGCAAAUAUGCUUGCUGUGGACUGACUGUCCUGCACCGAAUCUGCCAGAGUUAAUUUUUACUUUGUGUAGAUCGGUUUGUCUUUUAUUUAUUUUUCCCAGUGAAGAGUGUAUUUUGAUAGAGAGCUUUUCAUUUUAUAAAUACACUAUGAGUUACCGAAAUAUCAUGGAUUUUGUUUAUUCCUAAAACGUAAUUAAAAUGGACAUAUAACAUCAUAUUAUGUACAUAAAAGAUAUCUAGUGCUCAGUUUUGAAAGGCAAAAAAAAGUAGGGGAAGGCUGAAGAAUGCACGUUUUUAAACUAGUACAUUUUGGUGCACAUCAGAAAAUUGGAUGGAAAUGUGAUUGUGUUAUCAAAACUGGAUAUUAAACUCUUUGAGAUUA